AUCUUGGUCUCCACUACUUUGUUCCGACAAGAAUUCCGGUUGAUAUACUUUGCGGCGUUUAAUUCUAGUUAUAUCCUGGCGGUGAACGGUUUAAUAUAUCGACAUCAACCGCACAGGUAAAGCUGUUAUUCCGCAAUUUUCUAUCCGAACGGGCGAUGUCGUCAACAAACGCUACCCUCGAAGCCGCAUCUACUGAGCGCAAGGCGAGGCUCGCUAAGCUCGCUGCUCUGAAGAGAAAGCAACCCGAACCCGAGCCACUGGCCGAAGCCACAGCAAGCGAUAAAGAAAUAGCAAAGGAAGCAGACGAUACUACAAGAACCUAUUUGUCCGGCAGAAACUAUGAUUCAGAGACACGCGGCCCAAAGCUGGGGUUUGAACAAGCUCCUACAGACGGCCAAAUUACCUUGGAACAACAGGCUUCGGAAAUAGCCAAGACAGCUACUGAGCAAGCCAAAUUAGACGAAGAGGUUGACCAACCUAUUGAUUUAUUCAAACUCCAGCCGAAAAAACCGAAUUGGGACUUGAGACGUUAUCUGGAUGAAAAGACUAGGGUGUUGAAUGUCAGAACGGAAAAUGCAAUUGCCAGGCUAGUACGACAACGAAUUGAAAAUGCUCAGCGUGCAGGGCGAGAGAAUCCGCGACCCAAGGGUACUGGGGAAGAGGGUGAAGAAGUUGGCAUUGAAGGAGAGGCGCUGGUGGAGAGUAUUCAUGUUCGCGAACAGGAAGCUGAUAAUGAGGAUGACGAAACAAUAUAACUCUGAUACCCUGCGAAGAAGGUUAUAUGACGGUUUGCAUGUAUUAAAAUUCGGCGUUAGGGAGAGUUUGAUUAAGCUGGGUGAUUAGGAAAGGCGUUUUGAACACCAUGUACUUGUCAGAAAUAGGACAGUGGUCACGUUUCCGCACACAAUUUCAUAGAACCAAAAUUUCUAAAAGCCAGUAAAGCCAUAAUUGCACUGAA